AUGGACGCCUCGGAAGCGUCGACCACCCCGCCACCGCCGAUCCAGCGCUCCAGAAGCGGCCUCGGCACAUCCUCCGGCUCCAAGGACGCCCUCGAAGCGCCGACCACCCCGCGGCCGCAGACGCUGCGCUCCAACGGCGGCCUCGACACGGCCCUCGCUGCCAAGGACGCCUUCCUCGACCAUGGAUUCUCAUCCGGUACGAGUACAAUCGGCGGCGCCGCUGCUCCUCAACCCUCGUCUCCGCUCCGCCGCGGAAGCCCCUCCACCGCCUCGGGAUCCCCAUCACCAGUCUCCUGCCCUACCGCCACAGAGCCGGUACUGAAUGGCCACGAGAAGGCUGCGGCCGAUACCCGCAAGGAGGAAGGUGCCGUGCCGUCCGCUCCGAGAACUGCCGGCAACACUGCAGCUUCUCCACCCCCGUCUCCGCGCCGCGGCGGAAGCACCCCCACCGCCUUGAAAUCCCCAGCAUCGGUCCCCUGCCCUGCCGUUGAAGAGCCGGUGACGCAUGGACAUGACAACGUCGACAAGGCAGCGGCCGAUACCGGCAAGGAGGAAGGGGUGGUGCCGUCGGUGAUGGACCAGACCACCAGUUCCCACGCCCUCAAUAUGACAUUGCCCCCUGGCUCGAAGCAGCAGAACCAUCAGAAGAAGGAGGACCUUGAUCAGAGGGAGGAGGAGGUGAAUCAGUGGGAGGAAGAGCUUGAUCGGAGGGAGCAGGAGGUGGAGCAACGGGAGGAGGCUGCGACGAAGAGGGAGAAACGCCAGUAUGACAGAUGGCUGCAUUUCGCUGAGUGGGAGAUGGACUUGAGGCACACGCAUUAG